AAGAAAACUAAUGUUAGGCUAAAACUGUUUGCACGGCUCCUCACUGUAUCAUCAAUGGCUGCUCUGUCUGCUUCUGCCCAUGUGAGAAUUCGCACCUUCUUCCAUUCAUCUUUCACUAACAAUAAAAUAUCAAACUUCUCCCAACAAUUCAAACUUGAAAAUUAUACCACUAUUACUACUAUUACUACUUCGAAGAGAAGCAUCUCCAUACCCGCCUUGGCACCAAAGACAACGGAGAACUCAGCUUCCCAACUCCAAUCAACUUCAGAUUCCGUUAAAGACUCUGAAAAUAUCAAUUUGAAAGGAUGGGCUGAGUUUGCAAAAAAUGUGUCUGGCGAAUGGGAUGGGUUUGGAGCAGAUUUUAGCAAGCAAGGUGAGCCGAUUGAAUUACCGGAAUCUGUAGUCCCUGGAGCUUACAGGGAGUGGGAGGUGAAGGUAUUCGAUUGGCAAACUCAAUGUCCUACUCUUGCUCGUGAUGAUGAUGCCUUCUCUUUCAUGUACAAGUUCAUUCGGCUCCUUCCUACCGUUGGCUGUGAAGCUGAUGCUGCAACUAGGUAUAGCAUCGACGAGAGGAAUAUUUCUGAUGCCAAUGUUGCUGCCUUUGCGUAUCAAUCAACCGGAUGUUAUGUGGCUGCCUGGUCCAAUAAUCAUGAUGGAAAUUAUAAUACAGCUCCUUAUUUGUCAUGGGAAUUGGAGCAUUGUUUGAUUGAUCCCGGGGACAAGGAGUCGAGGGUGCGGAUUGUUCAGGUUGUGCGCCUUCAAGAUUCUAAGUUGGUAUUGCAAAACAUUAAGGUGUUUUGUGAGCAUUGGUAUGGGCCGUUUCGAAACGGGGAUCAGCUUGGUGGGUGUGCUAUUCAAGAUUCUGCAUUUGCUUCUACCAAAGCCUUGGACCCUGCAGAAGUCAUUGGUGUUUGGGAGGGUAAGCAUGCCAUCUCCAGUUACAACAAUGCUCCAGAAAAAGUUAUUCAAGAGCUUGUCGAUGGCAGCACCAGGAAGACAGUACGAGAUGAAUUAGAUCUUGUUGUGCUUCCAAGGCAACUAUGGUGUUGUUUGAAAGGCAUUGCAGGUGGUGAAACUUGCUGUGAAGUUGGGUGGCUGUUCGAUCAAGGACGUGCCAUUACAUCCAAAUGCAUAUUUUCUGAUAAUGGCAAGUUAAAGGAAAUUGCUAUAGCAUGUGAAAGUGCAGCACCAGCACAAUAGGUCACAAUUACCUACAACAUAUGGCCAGUGCAGUAGGAAGACAACUGUUCAAUUUCCCUUAUCCAGAAUUAAAUUAAUGGACAGGAAGUAUAUAAUUGUAUAUUCAACAUUGGUUUAUUUUCAAGUGGCAACAAUUAUGUUUAAUAAUGGUCUGAGAUAAAUGAUAUUAGUUGAUAUAAGCUUUUUAGUUGAGUGAGAAACGAUUAGUGAGAAUUCAUAUAACCGAUCUCAACUUGAUAGGAAUUGAGUAUGGUUGUUGUAAUAGCUAA